AUGCCUAACACUGAUAGUCAUACAGAUGAUCACUCUGAAGAUUUAGAAUUAGGUAGUUUUGGUGGUGAUCACAUUUCCGAACCAUCAACAUUGGCACCUCAUCAGGAUUUAGUGAAUCAAAAAUUAGGACCUUGUCUUUAUUUUACUAUUAUUCCUCUUCUCUCCCUUCUUUUAAUUCCUCUAUUUUUUAAAUUAUCCUUUCAUGUAUUGUGGAGUGGUAUUUUAUCAGUAAUACCUGUCUUUUUAUUUGAAAUUAUUGCAUCUAUACUAUUAAUUUCAAUUAUGCACGGAUUGAAAAUUAUUACAGUGGAUUCAUCAUCAAUGAUACAAUCAGUUGAAACACAAUUAGAAAAUUUGAGUUUUGUGUGGAAAUUAUUAUUUGGUGUAUUACAAUCAUUCUUUGUUUCAUCUCUUGUUGAAGAAGUUGCAAAAGCUUUACUUGCUUUGAAAUUAACAAGUGGAGGAAGUUUCUUCUCAUCAUGUUUUAAACUUGAAAAUCAAACAGAGAAGUUAUUUUAUCAUUCUCAUUGUCAUCCACUUCCACCAAUGGUUUAUAGUGCUUUGGCGGCUCUUGGACUUUCUACAGUUGAAAAUAUUGGAUUUAUUCUAGUAGUUUGUUUAAAGAUUUAUAUUCUCACUUCUGGAGCUUCUCAACAAAUGGUAAUUUUACAAUUUGGAGCAAUGACAGUUAUUGGAAGAAUUUUACUUGCUCUUCCACUUCAUACAUUGAGCGGAUGUCUUGUAGGAUUAAGAAUUGCUCAAUACAAGAUACGUUUGGAAACUCAACAUUUAACUGAGGUUCCAAUAUUUAUUGAGAGUAGAUAUCAAGAUAGACAGGCAAAUGGAACUUCAACAUUGAGAAAAAUCUGGAUUAAUUUAUCUUUCUUCUGUUAUGUCAUUUAUCAACCACUAAUUUUCCAUGGAUUAUAUGAUUUUAUUUUAAUGAUAGAUUUACAUUUUACAUUAGUGACUCAAUCAAGAGAUCUUCAUGCCUUAGAGAUUAGUCAAAUUAUUACACAAUCAGAUGAAUCUGAGGAUGAGUUCUUUACAAGUACAAACUAA